AUGUAUUCUUAUAUCAAUAACUUCUCUUUACCUGACAUAAUUCUUGCCACAGUUGUAUCCACUCAGCAGCAAACAUCUGCCAGAUCUCGAAAAAAGAAGACGAAGACUAAAAAACGUGAAACAACAAACGGAACUCAAGCACUCAAAUUAAUCAGUAAUGAACCAGAUAAAUUGCCUGAGGUUCCUGACUGUCAGUACUGCGGUCUAAAAGAUUCCAUUCUGAGACACCAAGUUUAUGCUGUUCUGAUAGUGAAGUUAUCCUACAUGAAAACAAAUUACCGGACAUUUUGGUUGAGCUAUUUAGACUCAUAUCAGAUUAUUCUCAGAUCACAUUCUACUACUGAUCAAAGAACUUACAAUAAGCCUACAGUUUCUCAAAUUGCUGCUCUAUGGAUUGAAGGCUGGCACCCAGGAAUUCAGAGAUCAGGAAAUGUGAAUCCAAAGAAACGUAAAAGAGCAGAAAGAAAGAAAAAAUGCACAGUGACAUUAACCAGUUUUACAUCACCUGAAGAGCUCUUCAACUCAGAGCAACAAGCUUUUCAGCAACACGAAAAUUCAAAGGAGUUCGUGUCAAUGAGAGAAUAUUAUGCCUACAAGUUUCAGAUUAGAAAAGAAUACAAUCCAAAUAUUCUGAACACCGGCCGCCUACUACAACAAUUCGCUGUAGAUAUGUAUGUCAAUCUUGAAACUCAAAGACUUGACUUCUAUAGAAGCAAGGAAUUGCUUAUUCGAAGAGAACAACUCCAAGGCUUGAUGGACUCUGUAAUUCAAGGGCAAUCACAAGGUUCUAAAGUAGGCCAGCGUGUACUCUUACCUGCUUCAUUUAUAGGAGGGCCUCGAGACAUGAAAAAGAGAUAUAUGGAUGCUAUGGCCUUAGUUCAGAAAUUUGGAAGGCCUGAUUUAUUUCUUACUAUGACAUGUAAUCCUUCAUGGCCAGAAAUUAAGGAAAACAUGCUGCCUACUGAUGAAGCACAAAACAGAAUCGACUUAUGUGCUCGGAUGUUUCACGCUAAAUUGGAAAUGCUAAAGGAAGAGCUAUUCAAGAAAGAAAUUUUCGGUCAAGUUACAGCAUACACCUAUGUGAUUGAGUUUCAGAAACGAGGCUUGCCGCAUGCUCACUUCCUUAUUAUUCUGAAACCCAAUUCAAAGCUAUACUCUCCUGAUUCCUAUGAUCAAAUAGUCUCUGCUGAACUACCAAAUAAAGGUACACAGAAGCAUUUGUUUAAAAUGGUCCGUAAGCAUAUGAUGCACGGACCUUGUGGCAGUAAAAAUCCUAACAAUGUCUGCAUGCAAGGUAAAAAGGUCAGAUUUUGUAAGAACAAGUAUCCAAAGCAAUGGGCAGAUUCUACAACUCAUGGACAGAAUGCUUAUCCAAUAUAUCGCCGAAGAAAUGAUGGAAAAAUAGUUCAUGUUCGAGGUCAAGAACUGGAUAACAGAUGGGUAGUACCACAUAAUCCGUACCUAUUGGCAAAGUUCAAUUGCCAUAUCAAUGUUGAAAUCUGUUCUACCAUCAAAGUUGUCAAAUACAUGUUCAAGUAUAUUUUCAAAGGACAUGACAAAAUCCAUUUUCGAGUUAACUCAGAUACUUCAGAACAAUGCAUUGACGAAAUCAAAGAAUAUCAGACAGCAAGAUGGGUAUCUGGUAUUGAAGCUGUGGCGCAUAUACAGAUUUACUCUCAAUGA